GCCGCAUCCAAAAUAGAAUGACAUUUUCUUGGAAUAAAGUCUACACUAAAUGCAUGCACUUUUUCCAUUCUGAAUUAGAAUUUCUGCCCCACUCGCUUCUGUUUUCCACAUACAGAUUAUUACUUGUUUCAUAAAUUAGUAUAUUUAUAAAGUGCUGAAAUUAAAACUCUUCGGAACUUUGGUUAAGUUCGGCCUUAAUUUUCAAGAAUUACAGUCUAAAAAUGUCGCAACACCACCCCCUGGCCCUGUCCCCCUCGAAAUGUGUCAAUCUAUCUGAUUCGUCCAGUGAAGACGACGACGAGAUAGAGUCUUCCUAUUCGGAUUUCGACACGGAAAGUGAAAAUACGAGUGAUUCUAAAAAGAAAAGGAAAUGGAGCGGAAUCCGCUGUAAAUUUUGUCCCCGUGGCGUCAAGUCUUCCUACCUUCCCUCGAGAAAGGCCUUACUCGCUCAUAAAUUAAAGGUACACCCGAAAGAGAGGAUACGUGCCUUAUCAGAAUGCGAUAUUUGUCACGCCCUCCUAGCGAACAAAAAGGGUUUACAAAAUCACAAAAUAACCGUUCAUUCGGACAUUACCCAUUCUUGUGAGAAAUGUGGAAAAGCUUUCAAAACUGUGUACAUCUUGAGACGACAUGAGCGAUCUCAUACCCAAUCGGGGAAAACUUACGAGUGUAAAUUAUGUAGCAAAAAAUUUCCGAGAGAUGACCAAUUAGCGAGCCACCUCAUCUCACACUCGACCACGCGUUCUAUCCAGUGCAACCUGUGUACGCAAACUUUCAAAAGACCGUCCGGCCUGAACACUCACGUUCAACGCGUCCACACGGGUGAGAAGCAUUUCAAAUGUCGAAAAUGUGGGCAAGAUUUCGACACGAAGUUGAAACUGGACACGCACAAGAAACUGGUGCACAUCGGGGUGAAAAAUGUUCAGAGAGAGUUUAAGUGCCCCAUUUGCAAGAAGGGGUUCGAGUCGAAGGCUUAUUUACAGGCUCACUCAAAAAUUCAUAACGAAGUUAAACGAUUUGCUUGCGAUCAGUGUCAGUUCAGGUGCCACACCUCUACAAAUCUGAAACUCCACAAGGACAGCAUGCACACAGAUAGAGAAAAAAGCUGGAAAUGCACCGUUUGUGGGAAUGGAUUCAAAUCCAAGUAUCAAUUAAGGACGCAUACCGUCAACCAUACGAAACUAAAGGAUAUGAAGUGCUACUUCUGCGGGAAGAAGUUUAGUGUUCGCCAAGCCCACGAUUUUCAUUUGCUUUCCCACGUCAAAGAACGUCCCUACAUCUGUGUCGAAAAAGGAUGCGAGAAGACUUUUGGGUUCGCCUCGUGCUUGAAAAAUCACCUCAAAAUGCAUUCAGGAGUUAAACCCUUCUCAUGUCAAAAAUGUGAGGGAUCCUGGUUUCAAAAGGGAAACUAUGAACGACACAACUGCAAAAGUUUGCAGUUAAAGAAAAUUCCAUGUCGUCAGGCUGGAUGUGAAGCGUUGUUCAAAAAUGUUAAAACUUCAAUAACACAUUACAAGAAUUUUCACGCUUAAGUAUGAAAAAAAUGUGUAAGAUGUCUUGUUUAGGCUGCAGAAUUUCGUUUUCUGGUGUUUUUAUAUUCUGAGCAAAUAGAUUUAUUACUUAAUUUACUUGCAUGUAAAACAAACAAACUGAACUGCAAACAAAGAAAUAAAUUACGACAAUAAAUUUAUUUUUUAAGUAAAGUUA